GACAGCUCAUGUCACGUCAAACCAAAGAUUCCAGAGGAAAGGAAACCAAAAAAAAAAUAAUUUUUGGCAAAACAUAUUUUAUAAUUGUUAAAACUCGUCGAUUAUAAAAGAAAGCAAAAUGUAUCUCUUCGUGGGAAUAAGUAUAAUAACAUUUUUGAUGACUUUCUCACAAAGUUUCAUUAAAUUUCUAUCACUUGGAUCACGAUUCAUGAAACAAGCCGAUUACAGCGUUAUCUUAAAAGAAAUCAAUUUGGCAAAACAAGAACUUAAAGAACUAGAAGAAUCAGAUAUGGAAGAUUUUACCAAAGUUGUGAAAAAGAUGCGUAUUGAAAAUAAAAUUGGUGGAUUAUGUAAAAGACUAAAAGAUAGCCGGGAAAUGGUUAGAUUAAAAGGAGCUUCUGUUGAUCUUGUUUGUGGAUAUGCUGUCAAGUUGAUUCUUGUCCUAAUGCUGGCAUACAUCUCAUUUAAAUAUCGAUACACUCCAGUUGUUGUGUUCGAUGAUCGAUUUGAUUUUGCUCCAUUUGGUGGAAUUGUUACAUUUCCAACGGGCGUUCCCAAUGCUAUAUCGGUGCCAUUUUGGGUGUUCUCGUGUAAUCUUUCAUUUAAAUGGUUUGGCAGUCAUAUAAGUACAAUGUUGUCAAGUUAAGUUUUAAUAAUUAUUCUGUAUUUAAAGGAUUUGCUUUAUCCAUUCGCAAAUAAAUUAGAAUUAUUAUAACUUAAAUAAAGGAAUGGAUUUCGUUUUUUAAUUAGGUA